CGGGGGCAGUGGGGCUUUGCAGGAGCAGCAGUGCCGCCGGACUGCCUCGGGUGCAAUUGUUCCAGAGCCAUGAGCGCAAGCGCAGUGCCUCACCAGCAGGGCUCGUACGGCAAAGAGCGGAGCAGAGAGCAGAGCAGAGAGCAGAGCAGAGAGCGGACCUCCAGGCCGAUCCUGUGCUUCCGCUGCAGGGAGAUCUGCAAGGGGGAGGUGGUGCGUGUGCAGAAUGUCCACUUUCACGUCAAAUGCUUCACCUGCCAAGUGUGCGGCUGUGACCUGGCCUCUUCCGGAUUCUUCCAGAAGAGCGGAGAGUACAUCUGCACGGCAGACUACCAGCGCCUCUACGGCACCCGCUGCGACAGCUGCGGCGACUUCAUCUCGGGGGAGGUGGUGUCCGCACUCGGCCGCGCCUACCACCCAAAGUGCUUCGUUUGCUCCGUCUGCAGGAAACCUUUUCCAAUUGGAGACAGAGUGACAUUCAGUGGCAAAGCGUGUGUGUGCCAGCAAUGCUCACACCAGCUCGUCUCCUCAGACGAGCCCAUCAAGAUUCAUGGGCCAAGUCGUAAACCUGUGGCAGGCUGUAAGGAGGAGAUCAAACAGGGUCAGUCUCUCCUGGCGUUGGAGAAACAGUGGCAGGUCAGCUGUUUCAAGUGCCAGACGUGCGGGAUGGUCCUCACGGGAGAGUACAUCAGCAAGGAUGGGAUCCCGUACUGUGAAUCAGACUACCAUACCCAGUUUGGAAUCAAAUGUGAGUCCUGCAGCGGAUAUAUCAGCGGCCGGGUCCUGGAGGCCGGCGGGAAGCACUACCACCCUACCUGUGCCCGCUGCCCCCGGUGCCAAAUGAUGUUCACGGAGGGGGAGGAGAUGUACCUGACAGGUUCGGAGGUGUGGCACCCGACAUGUAAGCAGACGGUGCGGGCGGAGAGGAAGCUCCGGGCACGGCGCAUGUCCGAGACCUCCAUCUCCCCUCCAGGCUCGAGCGUCAGCUCCCCCAACCGGGUCAUCUGUGCCAGAGUGGAGGACGACAUCCUACGGUACAAAGAACUGGCUGCUCUACCUAGAGUUAAGGCCAUUUAUGAUCUACAGAGGCCUGAACCGCUGUCAUAUCAGCCCUACCCCAUAUUCUACUCUGAUGACAGGCUAGAGCGUCUCAGCUACAGGGAGUCCCUGGGCACACUCUCUCCCUAUUCUCAGGACCUGUGCGACGGCGUGGAGGUAAGGCGGAGGAGGUCGUCCAGCCCCGGCUACGUCCACUCACCUGACUACGGCAGACAGGGCUCGUCCCCCGUCCUGCCUGGCUCCCCUCAGCACUGCUACAGAUACGGCACUGGGAGUAGCAGGAGUUCACCCUAUUACCCGCAUCUGGAAGGCAGGUCCAGCACGCCCACCACAAACCAAGCACCCAAGCAUUUCCAUGUGCCAGUGACAGGGGAGCCCAACAUCUACCGGAAGCCUCCCAUCUAUAAACGACAUGACAAUCUCAACUCAGCCACCAAGAGCAAGACGAGCGAAGACCUCCUUCACUCCUCCCAGUUCUCAACAGCAUACUCCCCUGAGCACUACCUGCGUUCCUCAGCCGAGUUCUACCAGUACGCCAGCUCCCCGAGACCUUUGCGUGUUCCUCGGAGAAGGUUUUCAUCAGGAGGAGAGGAAGAUGGUUGGAAUCACGGUCUUCAAAGAAUCCAGGGUGGCAUCGGCAGGAUGAUUCUGAAGGAGGAGAUGAAAGCUCGCUCCGGUUCCUAUGACAACGACCCCUGGGGCAGCGCUCGGAGCUCCCGCAGUGGGAGCAAGGAGGCACUGCAUGGCACGACCUACAACAACACCAUCAAUGGUUCACCCCAGGCGUGCUACCCGGCCGAGAACGACUACAUAUCCAAAUCAGCCUCUUUACCAGGGUACGGCAGGAACGGAUUACACAGGCAACAAAAUACAGAUUACUUUCAAUAUGACAGUGGCAAUGCAGUCAACUGGGGAAUCAGAGAAUACAAGGUUUACCCAUAUGAGGCUCUGAUUGUGACCACCAGGGGGCGAAACAGGUUGCCAAAGGACGUGGAUAGGGCGAGACUGGAGAGGCAUCUCUCUCCCGAGGAGUUCUACCAAGUGUUUGGGAUGACCAUGGCUGAGUUCGACCGACUGGCACUGUGGAAGAGGAAUGAGAUGAAGAAGAAGGCCAGACUGUUCUAGCGUCUCUGCCCUGCGCCACACCUCACACCCAACCAUACUCACACCCUGCCUGAAGAACACAAGCACUCUGCCUCUGUAUGUGGGUCAGGAAUGUCCUUAGUAUUAAAUCGUCCAGUAAGAACAGGGGAAGAAGAAAGACACACAAAAAAGAAGGAGGACAGACAAAUGAGUGGAAAUGGGGAAGAAUGGGCAAGACCAGAUGUCAUACUUGUUUCAGUACUUAAGUGUUGCUUUAACACAUUUGUUUUAAUUUCCCUUAACAUAAAGACGUGAGAGUUUGCCUUCUGUUUCUGUUGAGUUUGUGCACCAGCAGCGUGGCUGGAUUAUCUAGAGUAAUCUAAAUUAACACUAGGUUAACCACGUAAUCAUAGUUUUGUUGUUAUUCAGCAUAAGUCAGCAGGAUAAUGCUUUUUCUGGACGAAAUGCAAAACUGACUGCACAUGGCUAACUUAAACAGCCCACAGCUGAACUAAACCUGAUGGCACACAGCUAACCUAAAGUAAAAGAAUUAGACUAAUAGAAACAUUCAGGCCUUUGCAUGUCUAUGGAAACCAAAGUUUGACUGUUGUUUGUGAUGUAAAAUGUUUAAAAAAAAAAUUAAAGGGCACUACCAGUGCUACUGUUGGAAAGCCCCGGAGUCAUAAACUCUGAGUACUGAAAGUAAAUUUUAUUUUAACUAGAGGAUUACUAGACCCAGUCUAAAGAAUGUGGUGCGCCAUCCAUAGAGUUUGUGAUGGUAGAGGUAGGUAUUAGUGGCUAGCGUACCUUCCUUACUUGGAACACUAAAGUAGAAUAUCGACAUACAUUUCACACACUAUGAACAGAGAAUUAAAACAUGAACAAUGAACAAGGAGGCUGGGCUGCAAUGUUUGCAAAUGUAUUUCCUAUCUUAUGUCUUGCAUUGUUUCUGUUUACUCGCAUUGAGUUUGCUUGUUUGUUUGUUUGAUCAGCGGCCUCUGUUUUGGCCCACCACUCUGGGUUGUUGUAUUAAGUCGGUACUGCUACGUUAUUUCACCUGAUUCAUUUAAGCAUUGUUGUACAAGGGUUUUUAGGAUUGUUUGGACAAUCAGAAGGGUUAUGUUGUGUAAGUUCAUUUUACUAGUGUAGCUUACCAUCCAUCACUGCAACAAAUAAAACUGACCACAAUUGCACUUAAUUAGGACCUAAUAUUGAAGUCCAUAAUGCCAAGGGAUAAUUAAGUGUGUCGUGUAGAUGACAUUAGUUUUGGACAGACAAACAGGUGGAAAUGUCGUUUCGUUUGUUUUGCGUGUACCGUUUACUGCCCGUUAUAAAACGAGAGGGGAACGUGAGAACAUAUUUUUGAUUAUCUUUUUUAAAACUGUACAACUACCUAUCUAGCUAAUUUGAUUUAUCUGUCAGUGGGGUUUCAGCAAACUGUGUACAUCUUGUAUUUAAAUAAAACCUUGUUUCUUGU